CAGCAAACCACGUGGUGGCGCUGUGAAGACGGAGCGCAGCGCAGAGUGUGGUGAAGUGCUCUUGCUCUAGUCUCCGCCUCUGCCAGCACCACCGCGGAUGACGUUGAACAACAAAGAUGGCAGGAGGAAAUAGCAACUAUUGGGAAGACCUGCGGAAGCAGGCAAGGCAGCUGGAGAACGAACUGGACCUGAAGCUGGUGUCUUUCAGCAAGCUGUGCACCAGUUACAGCAGCUCUCGGGACGGUCGUAGAGGAGACAGUAGUUCGGAUACAACACCUCUGCUCUGUAACUCCACUCAGGACAGAAUGUUUGAGACCAUGUCAGUGGAGAUUGAGCAACUACUUGCGAAACUGACAGGGGUGAAUGACAAGAUGGCCGAGUAUACGAGCACACCUGGAGUAACGUCUCUGAACGCUGCUCUAAUGCACACUCUUCAGAGGCACAGAGACAUCCUACAGGACUACACACAUGAAUUUCAUAAAACCAAAUCAAACUUCAUGGCAAUCAGGGAGAGAGAGGAUCUUUUGGGAUCUGUGAGAAAAGACAUUGAGACAUAUAAGAGUGGCUCGGGGGUGAAUAACAGGCGGACAGAGCUCUUCCUGAAAGAACACGAGCACCUGAGAAACUCAGAUCGACUUAUUGAUGACACAAUAAGCAUUGCCAUGGCAACCAAGGAGAACAUGACCUCCCAGCGAGGUUUUUUGAAGUCUAUACAGAGCAGGGUCAACACCCUGGCCAACCGUUUCCCUGCCAUUAAUAACCUAAUACAGCGGAUCAACUUGAGGAAGAGGCGGGACUCAUUAAUUCUGGGAGGAGUCAUUGGCAUCUGCACCAUUCUUCUGCUGCUGUAUGCAUUUCACUGACAAACAGGGGAGCUAACGACUACUUUUAGGGGGUGUUCUGCAAAGAGGUGGCAAAGCCUUGAGAAAAGGCUCAAUGAGAGGUGGACCAUUGGGGACACAAAGCAGAAGCCCACCUGGCCUAGUCUGGAAACAGGAUUGAUUGUGGCCAGCAUGGACCUUAUUUGUAAUUAGCAUCAGAAGGGGUUUAGCUCUAAGAGCCUUUUUUGUUUCUGUACUACAAACAAUGCGCUGUUCAGAUCUGAACUGGGACUGGAGACCAAAUUACUAACAGGAAUAGAUUUAAAAGGGCAUAUUAUAACACGCUGGCUUGAGAAAAGAGUGAUGCUGUGAAGCAUCAACAUGGCGUUGUGUUGUUCCUGUAUAUUAUUAAUCGGAAGAGGGUUUUAAUUUGAUGAUCCUUUUAGUAAGAGGGUUUCUCAUCAUGCUGUGUACUUUGUGAAUUAAUAAAUUAUUCAUAUACGGAAUAUUAAAAAUGUGUGUGAAACACUAGAGGUCUGUCCUCUAAAGCUUCUAUUUUUUAGAUAUUUCUAAACUCUCUUAACAAUGACAUAUUACUCUGCAGGGAGUGUUGGAAAAUAAGAGUCCAACAAUAAAAUAGUUGCAUUGCAGUUCAUGAUAUGUGUAACCCUUCUCUUUCGAGGUGCUAAUUCUUUAUGCCUUUACUGAUGUGUUUCAAAGUUUAGAGCAGGUUCCCAUUAGGAAUAUCUGGCAAGCCUGCACUCGCAGCCAACAGUCCACUUGUCUAAAUUGACUUACAACCACAUAACUCCUCCUAUGGAACUGGAGCGUGAGAGACAGAAACGGACCAGAACUUUAACAUGAUGAAUAUACAAGCUGAAAGGCAUCGACCCCUGGAAAAUGAAAAACUAGUAAAAGUGAUUGCAUGUAGAGGUAAGACUAGCACACUAUGCAGCAUGGUUGUCGGAAAAAGAAAGAAGGAUUGGAAGCCUUAUUAUCAUGCGCCUGUUUCUCCUUCCCUCUUAUAUUGACAAAUGAUGUCCCUUCCUAAAAGUGAGCUAUUUCUGCUGAGCAGCUCUUUGUACUGAUCAUUUUUUGAUGUUUUUGCCACAUUUAGAGCAGUCAGACUGGCUAUAGUUCUUGUCAGACUGAAGGAAUCUGUUUGCCUGAGAUUUUUCCAUAGGCGCAUAAAGAGAGUGUUCACACAAACUCAAUACAAUCAUCCAAUGGAGACAUCGGCUUCCCCAAAACAAUAAACUAAAAUGAGCUGUUUGAAAAUAAGAAAUCUUUCCUCCUUUUUCCUCUAUUCCCUGUUGGUCCAUUAACUAAAGGUCACAUCAGUCUCCUACUGUUCCAGUUCAUACAUUGACCAAGUGCCCUGAAAUACAGAACAAAUGUUGAGGGACUGAGGGCCUUUUAUAGAUGAAAUGGGGCCCUCGUUGACCAAAGGAUGAUCACAAAACACCAUAGUACGGGUUGCAUUGUAGAUAAGAUGUUUUAAAGUCACAAAUGAGGUACUUUGUUGUUUUCUGUGCCUAAAUGUGUCUGUAGUCGAGGUACUGCAGCAGUCAUUUGGAAGCUUGUAGGCCACCCACAGAACUCCACAGGAAGCUGUCAUCAGCCUCAUCACCUCCCUUACUGGCUGAAACGUGUUCUCUUUACACCACCCCAGAGAAUAAAUGAAUAAAUCUUUGUCAUCUCCA